GGUUUAGCAUUUCAGACAAGAAAUCAUCAUCAUCAUCGAAUACAAUAGAUGGUGUUAGUCUGAUGAAGCUGCAUAGUACCGAAGCAUUCCCUUCCAAGAUUUGCAUGACGAGUGUUCAUCAAGAAAACAAUCUGCAUCUGGGCCGUCCAUUUGAUGGUGGUUGUGGUGGUGGUCGUCGUAGUGUCGCCAGCCCUGCAGGUGGAGGCGUGGGGCCCACUAGCAGUAAUAGCGGCGGAGCUAACGAGGUGGUGGGCAAUAUAAACCGUGACGAUGUCUCAUCUUCUUGUGGUGUUGGUGAAAAUUUUGCAAGGAGUAGUAGUACUAAUUCGCAGCCUUUUGACAUUUUUGGUGCUGCUCAUUCCCAUUCCACCACCCCCUACAAAUCCCCAGGAGGGAUGGCUGCCAAUGUGGGGUUUCCUUUUACAUCUGCUCAAUGGAAAGAGCUGGAAAGACAAGCUAUGAUCUAUAAAUACAUGAUGUCCUCUGUGCCAGUGCCUCCCGAUCUUCUCUUCCCACUUUCAAGAAGUUUUCCUACUGCUGCUGCUGCUGUAGACUCUUCUGCUUCCUCACUCUACCACGGUAGAUAUUCAAAGAACGGAGAUCCGGAGCCUGGGAGAUGUAAGAGAACAGAUGGCAAGAAAUGGAGGUGUUCAAGAGACGUGGCGCCACACCAGAAGUACUGCGAGCGCCACCUGCACAGAGGCCGUCCCCGUUCAAGAAAGCCUGUGGAAGUUAAAAACAAUGGUGAAAGCCACAAGAAGACACGCCUUGAACAAAGCUCUCUUCCCAACUCAACGCCUUCCCAACAAUUUGUUGCAGCAAAUGAUCAGCCUCUUAUGCUUUUCAACGCCAAUACUGACCUGAGUAUUUCUACUGCACCUUCUUAUAAUAAGGGAACAAAUAGGGAUUUGGGGUUGAUGAUGGAAGGUGAGAUGGUUGCAAUGAAUGGGGCUGACCAGAAAUGGCAGCACUUAAUCGAAGCAAAUAUGGGAAUUGCAAACGAGGGCUCUUUCAUUUACAGCUCUAGUGCUCUUUUUCAUCAAGAUUAUGUUGAGGAACAGCCACUGAAUGUGUUAUCCUAUCCAAAUUUUCCUGCUCCGGAAACUGAGGUCCCAGCUGGCUUUAUUGAUGCUUGGUCAAUCGAUAACCUCAACAGCAACAACAAUGGCAGCUCCGAACCCUCCAUAUCAACCAAUCUCGGGAACCUCUCCCCUUCACUCAAUUUGUCCAUAGCUAUGGCUGCCGGAAGUCUCCUAGAUGAAGAAAUGGGAAAGGUUCAAAUGGGGGGUAGUGUGAAAUUCUAUGAUGAACAGAGUACAAAAGAUUCUAGCUGGUUAAGCCCUGUAUCUUGGGAGCCGUUUGCACGAGGUGGGCCGCUUGCCGAAGCUUUGCAUCCGGGAUCAGUUACCAUCGGGUGCAUAAAUCCGGCGUCGCCCCAUGAUUCCAUCAGCACCCCGGCUACUACUGUUUCAUCACCUUCUGGAGUUCUACAGAGAACAUUGUUCUCACACUCUGAUAGCAGUGUUUGCAAUAGCCCAACGUUCGCAGCUCCCCCAUCAGAAGUUGCAUUCCAGCGGCUCAAUUAGAGUGAUGAAGCUAAGGAAGUUCGUUGGACGAUUUCCCUUUUGUUGAUCUCAGUUGUUGAAAUUGAUUCCAUUGAUGCCGGAUGGAUGUUUUGCGUUACUGCACUUGGCAGUUUGUUAUUAUUAAGCAUUCAAUGUAGAAUUUCAACUGUUUCUGCAAAGGAUGAGUGAGUUGGUUUCAGGCUUGAAAAACACAAGUGAUUAAUUGAAUGAUUCCAGUCAAGUACCUGUACAGUAUGUUUUUUUGGUGCAUGAAUUUUCAAGACUUAAAGAAAUUCAAACAUUUCUA